AAUUGCUCGUCAAUAUCGUGUCGUCAUGAGAAGCUUUAUACGAACCAUCAACGGAAUCUUUUGAUCUGAUAAUGUUUGAAUAGAGAAAGGAACAGUAGAUCAGUUCCUCCGCAUGUUCGUCAUUCGAUGUUUCCGUCUCCAACGACUGCAGGCACGAACGGUUCGAGCUCGCGUCACAGUCGCAGAAAUGGUGAUGUCAUCAGUUGCCGCGUUCACUUACACCCCGAGAACCCUUGUGGUCAACCAUAUAAUUGCCAUCACCACUUCUACAAACACGACGAGCUUUUAACAACUACAAGCAACUACAACUAGAAAACUCUUCGAUUCCAGUUAUCGAAAGUAAACAAACCCCCAACUUCGAACAACCAACAACACCAUCAAACACAAUCAACAACCCCAAAUCAUCCAAAAUGGUCCGCGUUACUCCCGCCAUCCGCACCGCCCUCCGCCCUGUCACCCGCGCCCGCCCCCAGCGCGUUCAACAGGUCCGCUUCAAGAGCACCGAGUCUACCGAUAGCGCUCGCGACAACGGUCCCGUUAAGGAGUUCAACAAGACGGGCAACACCAACAAGCCAUGGCUCUACGCCGGCGUCGCCGCCCUCACCGUGGGCGGCAUCUACGCCACGAUGACGGGCAAGCCCGAGAAGGCCGCUGCCGCCUCUCAGAAGCUCGACUUUGUUGCGGAGGGCAAGCGGGCGCCUCAUAACCCUGCUGUUGGCAAUGCCAAGUAAAUGGGUUCGAAAGAUGGGAUUGGGAUGAUUUCAUGACCUUUGUUCUUUGGGGAUUUGGGAGUCUUUGGAGGAUGGUGUUACUUUGAGUUUUGCUGCUUGAUGGGUGCGAGGGAUGCGUGAUGAUAGAUGAUACGGUGUUUGGUUUUCCAGCUUGCGGAUGGUAGCAGGCAAGUGGAAGACAGACGAGCAGCCAUUGAAUGGUUCUGAGCCUUGGGAAAUAGGGUUCGAACUACAGACAUAUGCUAAUGCAAUACAAUAAUUGUUGAAACUCA